AUGACUUAUACAUCAAGAACAACUGCAUCAACAAAUACUCCACACCCGAUUCAACGUCACCUUUUUCAAAUUGGUGAUAUCUGCUGCAACAACAUCAACAUCAUCUUGAUUCCCUGCAAUCGCAUCUUCACAAGAUCAAUAGCCGAAAUCGAUUCAGAGAUCGAAAAAAGAAGAAGACGUAGGAAGAAUUACGAGAUUAGACAUGUACUAAAAUUACUUUCUCGCAUUUCAAUCUCAUCACUCUUGAAGAACCGUCAGUGUUACUCUGGUCGGAGGGAGAACGGCGAAUCCGCGGUGAGUGAGCGCAAACUUGUGAAUGCUAAGGACGCGAUUAAGGAGGAAGGUAGAAGUGUAAACUCUCAAAUCGGAGAAGGCAGAGGAAGGUCGCUCGCAGCACUGCGAUUGAGAGACGUACUAAAUCAUUGGGGCUUGAAUUUUUUGAUCAACUGA